GCUACUAUGGCGGGAGUGGCAGUAGAGUGCUCUAUGUUUAUGUUUUUUGUUUUUAAUAUUUUAUAUAUGCUAUAUUCCCUUGUUAUACCAUAAACUGUGAUAUUCAAAGUAGUCAUUGUUAAAUUUUUGAUGCCGAAUGGAAAGAGAAGAGGCAGCUGAAGGCACAUCAUUUUUUCAAUUGGGUGAUGAUUCUCGGCCUUUAGAUAACUGGUUAACAGAACCUGAAGAUGACGGUCCUCUCGUGUUUCACCGCGUUAAUUCGAAAGAAAUUAUAUAUCAAACACGUAAAAAAAAAGCAAAAAUGAUUGGUAAAUAUGUAAUGGGUGAUAUUUUAGGGGAGGGAUCAUAUGGUAAAGUUAAAGAAAUGUUGGACUCCGAAACACUAUGUAGAAGAGCUGUGAAAAUUUUAAAAAGGAAACUGCGAAAAAUUCCAAAUGGGGAACAAAAUGUACAGAUGGAGAUUUUACUUUUAAAAAGACUCAACCAUAAAAAUGUCAUUAAAUUAGUUGAUGUUUUAUAUAAUGAAGAGAAACAGAAAAUGUAUAUGGUUAUGGAAUAUUGUGUAUCUGUUCUUCAACAAAUGUUAGAAAAUUUACCUGAAAAGAAAUUUCCUAUUGGGCAGGCUCAUGGGUAUUUUUGUCAAUUGUUGGAUGGCUUAGAGUAUUUACAUAGCCAAGGAAUAAUUCAUAAGGAUAUUAAGCCUGGAAAUCUUCUUUUAACCACAUGCAAAACUCUUAAAAUAUCAGAUCUGGGUGUAGCUGAAGCAUUAGAUCGAUUUGCCAAAGAUGAUAUUUGUUAUACAAGUCAAGGAUCUCCUGCUUUUCAGCCACCAGAAAUUGCUAUUGGUUUGGAAAGCUUCUCUGGUUUUAAAGUAGAUAUAUGGUCAUCUGGUGUUACAUUGUAUAAUUUUACUACUGGAAGAUAUCCAUUUGAAGGUGAUAAUAUUUAUAAAUUAUUCGAAAACAUCGGUAAAGGAGAAUUUGAAGUUCCUGAAGAUCUAGAUCCACUUUUACAAGAUUUGCUUCUAGGUAUGCUUCGUAAAGAUCCUAAAGAAAGGUUUACAUUAAAACUUAUCAGAGAACAUGACUGGGUUAAAAAGAAAUAUUCAGAUAAUGAAGAAUACCCUUGUAUUCCUUUGAAUAGUGAAGAUGAAUUUUGUAGCAUGAGUGUUUUACCAUAUCUUCAAGAUCUUCAUUAUUCCCAACAAGAUGACGAGGACAGUGAUUCUCAAGAAUUUAUUACAGAACAUGAUCUUCAAGCUAUGAGAAGACAAGAUGUUCUACCUCAUAGAAAUUCUGUUCACCAGCAAACGGGUAGUAAAGUGCGGAGGCAGUUCAAAUCCCUAGGCUCACUGGCCUCCAGUCGUUUAACAUUUUGUAAACAAUCCUGACGUAGGUUCAAAAGUUGUUUGGAAUUUGCUGAAUGUGGACAUUUUGCCUCAUGUACAAAAAAAUUGGUAUGUUUCUGUGAUAACAUUAUAGUGAGUGUUUUUUUUUAAAUCUAUUUAGGACUUAUAUCAAAGGAAAGCAAAUUAAACAUAUUUUAUUUUCUCAUUAAAUUGUAAUAAAUGUAUUUCAUUGUUCAUUUAAUGGGUAGUGAUAGUUUGCAAGCUGUUAGAAUUUUUAAUUUCAGUAACUGUUUCACAUCUGAUAUGAUUGGUUUUAUUAUCAGAAUGCAGGAUUUUAUGUAUAUAACCUGAAAAACAUUGUAAAAAAAGCCAAAUUUUCGUGAUAUGAAAGUAAAUUAUAUGUGAUGCUUUGGUACCUGAAAUUUUGAAUGUUUCUUUUUGGAAUUGUGAAAUUGUGUAUCCAAAUUUUAUAUAUUUGAUAAAUGUGUUAAUAAAUUUUCCUAAACUUUUCUGUGAAA